UGUCUUUCCUGCUUCCAAACGAGGAUGCAACUAUCAAGCUCGGCCAGCAGAUAGCGAGUGUCUUGCGGCCGGGCCUAACGGUCCUACUGAAGGGGAAUUUGGGCGCCGGCAAGACAUGCUUGGCUCGAGCCUUGAUGCGGCACAUAACGCAAAAGACAACGCUGGAGGUACCAAGCCCGAGUUAUCUGAUCAGCUUCACAUACAUUGUUGAGGACGAAUAUGGGUUAUUGGAGAAGGGCUCAAAGGUGCACCAUUUGGACCCCUACCGACUGGCCUCGGGGAAGGUGGCUGCCUUGUUCGACUUUGACACGGCCUUUCGUGAGGACAUUACUAUUAUUGAGUGGCCAGAGAGGCUUG